UCGCACUGGCAGGUUUCGGGGACAGUGACCAAGGAGGGAUGGAGUGUUUGAGGCUGUGUGCGCGGUGGUGGGGAGAGCAUCGGAGCCUGUGAGAGAAAGGAGGAAAGAGAAGAAAAAAAAAAGGGGGACAGAUCAAGAGAGAGAGAGAGAGAGAGAGAGGAAGAGGGAGGGAGCUUCUGGGAGCGAUUCUGGACUAUCGCUCAAACACUGCAGUCUUUCUUUUGCUUCUCUGAGGAAACAGGGUUCCCCUUCCUGCCGCCUAACUCUCCUUCUUACUCCUUCUUCUCUGGCUGCGUUGCUAUGACCCCGACGGACACCUUGAUCUCCUUGACCAUUUAGAGAAGAGAGGAAACGAGCUGUGGCGGAGGAGGGAGAAGCAAGAGGAGGCGACAACCACACACUUUGCCUCUCUGAUGAGAGUCUGGAAAUUAAUUACCCACCGUCAGCGCAGAUGGGGGGGGUGGUGGCAGCGCAGAGAGGGGCGCAGUUAAUAGAAUAACUGAGAGUUGAAGGAGGGUGACUUUCUAGAUGUGUGAAGAAUAGGCUGUGAAGAGGCGGCGAGUAACCCCUGGGCACUUCUCAGAAACAAAAAGGGACAAGUUUGGGUCGAUGCGCGAAGGCGAGGAGGAAAUUAGGCAAGGCAGUAACUCCGCGGGGAGAUUGAUUCAAGAAGGCAGAGAAUGGUCCAGUCGCAAGCAUCCUUCACCCUUUCAUCCCUCUUUUCAACCUCUCUCUGACAUCCAUAACCGCAUCCUGAAAUCUCAUCUCGUCUCUUAUUAGUUUGUUCUUUUUGCUCGUCAGCAGAAGCACAUCAUCAGCCACAUUCACAUGCUGAACACUCAAAUGUUCCUAAGACCACAGCAUUCACAGCAAUAGGUCUGCUGCUUAGUGCCAGAAGUUGAUUAAGCCAUAUUAGAGGUGUCAUUACUUGCUGGACAUGAGCGCCAGCUGUGAAAGUUCUCGUGAAAGCAGGUAGGAGAUUUCUGGAUCAUUUUGGCUACCCGGUAACAGAUGGGGACGUGUUAAGCUCUCCGGUAAAUCACCUGAUUGAAGUGGUGUGAGAUGAAACUGCAGACCGGCUUAUCUCUCAGAGCUCGACACCUGUGUUUGAAGGAUUACACUGAGGGAAACAGGGAUGUGCAGAUGAACAUGUGCAUGUCGGGACAGUGUCCUAAAUACGCUGAAUUGUACAGGUGGUGAUGCCAGAAAGUGCAAGGUCUCCUGCUGAACGUAAUGACUCUAAAAGAUUAAAGACAAAUUCAGCUGGAGUGAACAGCGACACGCUAUCUUCAAUAGAUUGCUCUAGCUCAAGUGUGACCACAUUUAUGAUAUGAUUAAACCAGCAGCUUGAGGGUUUGUCAGAGGCUCAUAAUUAUCUUAAAAAUCAAUUUCUUUUUCUGUUCUUGGUGGAAUAACUCCUGGUACCCCAUUGUGGACUUGCCUCAGAGCUGAAGCACACAGAGUGACUAUUCAAGACUUUUGAAGGCUAAUUGAGCUUCCACAAUGAGACGCUCAAGCACCGAUGAGACUCCGUACCGACGCAGUCCAUCCCUGGACAGCAAACCCGACACCCCGCCGUUCACUUCUGGUUUUCACCGAUUCAGCGGGGAGUUUGAAUAUAAGAGACCUCCUUUUGCGUUCGGCUUCCACACAACGAAGGGGCCGAAGAACUCCAACGGGCGGUACGCCCAGGGGAAGAAGUAUGUGGUGUUUUACCUGGACCUCUCCUUCAUAUUCCUUCUAGAACUGCGGCGCUGCAGGAUGGCUGAGGGAUGCAUGAUGGCCCUUCGCUAUGGAAUGGUCUUCUUCAACCUCCUUUUCUGGUUGGGAGGAUGUGGCAUCCUGGGGGUAGGAAUCUGGCUCUCAGUGACCCAGGGAAACUUCGCCACGCUGUCAUCAUCCCUUCCCUCUCUGUCGGCAGCCAAUCUGCUCAUCGCAGUGGGGACAAUCAUCAUGGUGAUCGGAUGUCUGGGCUGCGUGGGAGCUGUCAAAGAAAGCCGCCCUCUGCUGCUGGCGUUCUUCAUCCUUCUCCUGCUAAUCUUCUUCCUGGAAAUUCUGUCCAUCAUGCUUUUCUUCAUCUACCAAGAUGAGAUUGAUCGCUAUGCCCAGAGGGACUUGAAGAAGGGCCUGCAGCUUUUCGGCACUGAAGGCAACGUGGGUCUGACCAACGCCUGGAUGAUCGUACAAACUGAUUUUCGCUGCUGUGGCGUCACCAACCACACAGACUGGUUUGAGGUUUAUAAUGCCACUCGAGUGCCAGAUUCCUGCUGCCUGGAGUACAGCGACAACUGUGGUCUCGACAACCCAGGAACUUGGUGGACUGCUCCAUGUUACGAGCGAGUAAAGGACUGGCUAAACGAGAACCUGGUGGCGCUUUGGAUCUUUGCUCUAUGCACAGCUCUCACUCAGAUCCUGGGUCUGGUCUUCUCCAUGACGAUGUUCUGCCAGGCGGUGAAAGUGGAGACUUUCUACGCCUAGUGAUGGACCCCUCUGCCCUUCAGUGUGCUCGGAUCGUUUCUCAUCUGAGAGGGACUCAUGCCCCGCUCCCCCCGUCUCCCAACCUUGCGCCCUCCUUCUCCAUUGAAAAACUUUUUUUUUUUCCUGAGCCUGUCCGCUGUGUGACAUUUGCUCUCGGAUGUCACCGGUUCACAGUAUUCCUGCUAACUAUCAACCAGCACAGUGUCAGUGUCGCCCCCCCCCCCCCCAGUCACGUUCCGCUCUGUGUUAAAAGCUCAUUUCUUGUGUUAUAUUUUAUCAAGCAGUAUUACAACCAUGUAUAAAACAAUGUAACCCUUUUUUUCUUUUUUUUUUAAAUAUGUGUUUUGCUUAAAUUAUUUUAAGGUUUGUAUGUGUUUUGAAAAUAGGAGCUCCAGCUGAGAAAAGCGCACUGGGUUUAGUGCUGCAAGUGCAUGUCUCCUGCAAUGAUGUGAAUUAAAUGUUUUGACUCGACGGAU